AUGUCCUCCAGUGAGGUAGCUCACUCCAUCCAGUCGGGCAUGGAAACGGCGCUCAACAAACUCUCCUUCUGGCUGGAUACGGUGCGCGCCUUCAUUGAGUCCAACAAGGCCUCCCUGGGAGGACAUUUUGAUCAGGAGACUGUUCUCGCACGACUGAAGGUGAACAUAUUGCUGUGUGAAUUACUACUGUGCAUGAUUGUUUGCUAUCUUCUUUCGAGCAUCUAG